UUCGAUUUCCAGUCUGGAUUAGGCUAUAUAUCAAUCCAGAAAUGCAAAUCGAAUGCAAAUACGGUACAUGCAGCUCCGAGACGCUUCACGGGGAAAAUACGUUCAUCGAUUGUGAGACUACUCAACAUGGGAGUCCAAGGACUGAAGCGCUACAUUGAGAAUAACAACAGAAAUUUUUUGAGGGACCAUCCAUUCAGAGGCAGUAAACUAAUAAUUGAUGGAUGUAACUUUUACUAUAGCUUGUACUUUCAGUGUAAAUUGGAUCAGAUGCAUGGAGGAGAUUAUGACGCCUUUGAAGAAAUUAUCAAACAAUUUUUCGAGAACCUCACAGCCUGUGACAUUAGCCCUUUUGUUGUACUUGAUGGUGGGGCCGAUCACACUAACAAAAAAUUUGACACUCUCAUGGAACGAAGUAAGGACAAAAUACAACAAGCCUAUGACCUGUCUAUGGGAUCAAAAGACUCAGUCCUCCCUAUUCUCAUUAAAGAUGUGUUCAGACAGGUCCUUCAUAAACUAAAGGUACCACUUGUUGAGUGCCUUCAAGAGGCCGAUUGGGAGAUUGCUGCUUUGGCUAAAGAGUGGAAUUGUCCAAUUCUCUCCAAUGACAGUGAUUUUUAUAUAUUCAACCUCGAGGCUGGAGUCUUGCCAAUCACAUAUUUUCAUUGGAGAGAAGUAGAAGUGGACAGCCAGUCAAACAAAAAAUUCAUCCCAACCAAAUAUUUUUCCGUGGAAAAUGUAUGUGCAUCUUUUAACCAUAUGAACAAGGAUCUUCUCCCACUCGUCGCCCCCAUUUUAGGCAAUGAUUAUACGAAGCUGCAAAAUAUCAGAAAUCUGAGUUGGGAGCAGCACUCAGUACAAGAUUGGAAGUUUGCCCGUAUUGAUGGCUUGCUUCACUGGUUAUCCAAGUUUGCAGGUCCAGAAGAGGCCAUAGUUGAUUUGCUUAAGCUAACUACAGACAAAGAAAAGGACUUUGUCGGUAAAGCACUGUUUGAGGCCAUCAAGGAGUAUAAGCUAAUCUCCGGUUCUCUUGCCCAGUUCUUCAUCUCAAAGAAAGUUCCACAAACAUCCGGUCCACUGCGAGUCCUACCUAACUGGACCCUGUGUCCCCUGCUUGAAGGAAGAAUGAGCUCCUCCAUUAUUGAUGUUCUGGUAUUGCAAAGGAACAUUAUGAGACCCCAGGUUGAAGAUUUUGAGCUCCCCAGUAGCAAUGAAACCUCUCAUGCCAUACGACAAGUGCUUUAUGGUUUACUCUUGUUGGGAGAACAGCAAACAGAAGACAAACUCAUGGCAGCUGAUAAAGAGUCUACUGGCACAAGCAAGUGUUAUGUAGAGGAGUACGACAGGAAAAAAUUAAGACUAACCUGUUCAAAAGUUGAAGUCAUAGAGACGAGGGUAAAUGCAGGACUUCGACUGGAAACAUUAUGGAAGGAACCACACAACGUGCGGCUUCAGGUUCUCUUGGACACUUUGGGUGUGCCGAUUGAUAAAUUAAAAGCAAUCCCCCUUGAUCUCCAGCUGCAAGUGUUUGUGACACACUACUGGAUGGCAAACGCACAACCUCAGCCGAGCCAAGUGCAUCUUUGGAGCCUGCUAUUGGGCAUGGUCUAUGGAAAGCUCUGCAGUUUACCCAACAAACAAAAAGACACGCUGUUGAGCCUCAAAAAAAUGCAAAUUCACCAGGAAAGCAUCCCUUUGGACCACGAAGUAGCUCAUCUAUACAGCCAGUGGCAAUCCUGCCUAUUAUGGAGUCUCCAUCUCAAUCGUUUACUGUGUAAUCCACUACAAGAACCAGAGUGUGCAAGCCUGUACCGUGGAACACUGGUGCACAAGACUGUUCGAGAGCUCAGCAGAGGCAUCACUCCAGAUACUCUGCUGGUGAGCGGUUCCUAUGCUGAGCAGCUGUUCAGACAGUUGAAGGAUGCAGUGCUGAGCUUGAUGGAUAAGGAUGGCAUUUUGAAAAUGAGUAACAGGAAUGGGCACAGAACUGCUGGCAAAACUCCUAAUGGCUACAGACAUCAAAAUAAGCCCAUUGACGAACUGAGCAGCUUGUAUGAACAUUUAAUGCAUGAGGAUAUUGAGGAUGAUGAUGAUCUUAAUGGAAAAGGCAGGAGUAAGGCGAAGACCGAGAUGCUUGAAUGUCCUUUUACCAUCCGUACCAGACACAAGUCCAAAUCACGCAAUGAUACUUAUCCCUCUAAGAAAUACGAGAGGAGAUGCUUUGAAUAUAUUGCUUAGAUAUCUC